UGUCUCAGGUCUCAGUCGUGUGCUGAAUCUCUGACCAGUUGGUUGUGUUUUUGUUUCUCCACACCGCACCACGGCAAAGACGUGCGUUAAAAGUAGCGCAGCAAAGUGAUAAUAAAACCCAACUUAAGCAACAGCAACAACAACGGCUACAAAAUGCGUUGUCUGGCAUUGAGCGCGUUGUUUGUUUGCGUUGUCAUCGCCGGCCAGUGCGAAAUUGCAGCUGGCUACAAGAGUGAAAUUGAAAUAACUCCCGCUCCCGAUGUGGAAGUCACUACCAAGAAAUCCAGCUGGUUUGGCGGCUUCAAAAAAUUCUUCGGCAGCAGCGAAACCACAACAACAACAACCACGACGACGACAACAACAACGCCACGGUCUGUACCUGUGACGCCGGCGCAGAAGCCACCACCAUUGGUCAUUUCGCAUGCACCGUUGAUGCCACUGGGACCACGCCCCGAUACGCCCGCCUCCUCGCCAUUUGGCUCAGCACAGCCAUCGCCGGUACAUGGCCCUCAAUGGCCAACUGCAGCUGGUGCCACGCCCACCACUGCAGCCUCACCGCAGCAGGGACGAUUCGGUCAACCUGGGCAAGCAUCAACGGCACCCAAUUUGCCACCAGGCUUUGCUCCAUAUCGACCACAGAAGCCACAGCCAAGUGGCUUUGAUUUGAGCUAUUCAGGUGGCGCAGGAGUUGGAGGAGGAGGAGCUGCAAAUCCAGUGCGUCCCAGCUUUGGCUUGGCGCCCAUGACCAGCUCCACAACGACAACCACCACGACGACAACAACAACACAGCGACCCAAGUCGCCGACACCUGGCGUCGACUUGCGCUUCGGCGGCAGCUCCACAACAUCCACAGUGCAUCCUCAGCCGUCGAAGGAUGCCUUCCCCUCGCUGCCCGUGCCACGUCGUCCCUCUGUUAAGGAGGAUUACCCUCCGCUGCCCACGGUCAAGACACCGACUGUGCCCAGCACGCCAACUUCGCCUUCGGCUUGGCAAUCGCCUCUGCCUACACCAGCCCAGCCAGCUGUGAGGCCAACACCAGGACAUUCGACAACGACCACCACUACAACGACGACCACAACAGGUGGCCAUUCCGGUGUAUCCUUUGUGCCCCACACUGGUGGCGUCACCACAACCACAGUGCGUCCUGGUUUCCAAUCUUCUGGCAACUCGGUAGCUAGCGAUGAUGAGAUACGCCAGCUGACCGAGCAGCUGUACACUAAGGAAUCAAACAGUCAGCUGAAUAACAUUGCGGUGAACCUCCAGGGACGCACUCGCUCCAUUGACAGCGCCGAUGAGGCGCCGCAGCCGCUGCUCACGGUGGACUCCAAGGCGCUGCAACCAGAAACGAUUGCCAAGAUGCGACUGCUGUUCAACAACUACGAGCAGGACACGCUGGUCAACGAGCAUGUGACCGCCAAUGAGCGACGCGAGGAGAACGAAUUCCUCGAUGCUGUUAUGGCCACCGGAGUUAUGCGUCAAGCGAUGCUGUUCCUGCAGCAGAAGGGUUUGGUUACGCCCGACCCGAAGACACAUCGGGAUCUGGUUAAGGAGCUGUGGUUCACGCAGUAUUCCCGCGGCCAGGGCAAGAUUGGCAGCUCUGGGUUUGAGCAUGUUUUCGUGCAUGAGGUGAAGAAUGGCACCAUCAUUGGCUUCCACAACUGGGUGUAUGUCAACGAGGAGGAGCAGGCCGGUCGCUUCGACUACAAGGGCUACAUGAAGGAGCAGGACAUUGGCACCAAGGGAAAAGUGAUCAAGCUGCGUUUCUCGCACAAGGGUUUGAACAAGCCGGUGGACACCAUGUUUGUGGGCACCUCGCCGGAACUGGAACUGGCGCUGUACACCGUCUGCUUCCAGCUGCGUCCGGAUCGCACAUGCCCCGUCUCCUUGGGCAACAGCAAGUUUGGCAUUGUCACCUAUUCGUGGCGCUAUCGUGGCAAGAGCCUCAUUGGCAGCGCCUAUCCUGAGAUUUGAGUGUAGUCCACAUUUUUAGCUUUGUGCUAUCACUAUUUUUUUUUCUCUCUUUUGUCUAAAAUAAAGAAAUAAACACUUA